GCAGGUGGCCCAUCAUUAAUUGCCAACUAGAGAUGGAGGCGCACAAGCUUCAGAUAUUUUCGCUAGCGCUGCUCGCCUUGCUGCUGGCACCAGCCGCCGUGGAUGCCGUGUGUGGCAGUUGCACGAACGCUCAUGCCUGCAUCAGCGAGACGCAGUUCCAGCUGUGCUUUGAUGGUGUGCGCGACCAGAGCCAGAACUUUACCUGCCCCAGCGACAGGGUCAUCUGCGUGGAUUACAUUGCCACCUGCAUGGCCAAUGGCACGUCGGCGGUGCGGGGCUGUGGCGAUGUCUCCGUAUGCGGCGUGUGCCCGGAUGUUAGCACCAAGUUCACCUGCACCUCGCGCAACACCUUUGCCGCGUGCAGCAAUGGAGCAAUCACCGCGUACACCCAGACAUGCAAGGACAACUUCGUGUGCAGUGCGCUAUUAGCUGCCACGGGCACUCCCUGUGUCUCCCAUUGCAAGGGAAAAACCGGCGAUGUGUGCGAUCUACCUGGCCAGACUUCCGCCGAUGAUACACCCAUCCAGACCACCUCAUUGGAGACGAGUCCGGUAACCACAGGGUCCACUUCCGAUGACUCCUCUGUAACCACUGCGAAUCCUCCCACAGCAACAACGGGGAUCUCAACAGUAGACCCAACCACAGACUCAAGCACAGUAACCCUUCCAACAGAUCCCACUUCCACUCCCACAGUAAACACUCCCACAGAGACUACUCCUACGACAGUAAACACUCCAACAGAACCCAGUCCCAGUCCCACAGUAAACACUCCCACAGAAACCACUCCCACUCCCACAGCAACCCUUCCAACAGAUCCCACUUCCCACUCCCACAGUAAACACUCCCACGGAGACCACACCAACCACUGCGAGCCCAAGCACAGAGCCCACUGUGCCAGCGGAAACCGUCUAUUGCCAGGGCAUCAGCACCGCUGGUCGUUAUGCCAUACCUGGGGACACGGUGUGCACGAGCUACAUCACUUGCAGCUACAGGGAGGAGAGCUGGAAAGGCAUCAUCUAUAACUGUCCCGCUACAAAGCCCUACUUCAACGCAAGCGCCUUUAAUUGUGGCACGACCAAGCCAACCGGAACGGGGUGUACAGCUGUGUAGCCAGCCAGCGCUUUUUCAAAGUCUA